ACAGAAUUUCAAAAGAAAUCGUUCAACUAGUUUUGUCCAGACGUUUUUAAUUUCUUUGGAAGUUAAAAGAAAUUAUGCAGUAACUGAUGAUUUUCUGUACUGAUCCCUUAUUAUUCCUCGAAUUAUUGAGAAAUAUAAUAAUUUUCGAUCAGAAGAUCGGUUUUUCACUGGAUAUAAUAUCGACCAACCGUUUAAGAGGUGCAACAGCGCAUGAUCGGUAUCUUGUGCACCGAAUUUCGCAUUUUCUUCCCGCAGUCAAUUGAAACAUUUGACGGAGUAUAUAUCUUCCCGGCAGCAACAAAAAUACUUCCUAUUAAUGAAGAAAGAAUUACUCAAACAAUCUUUCAAAACUCACUCCAGUGGUCUCCAAUUACUCCCUAAAAUGUGAAAAAAGCUUGAUCGAUUCCUCCGAUUUAUCCCCUUAUUUUUCAUAUUUUUCUUCUUAUAUUCUUGUUCAUAGGGAAAGUGAACUUUUCAGUGGAAAAUAAUAAAAGAGUGGAGUUUUCCAAUAGCAGCGGAUGUGUAAAGCCAUUCACAUGACAGAAGUCCGAAAAAUGAUAAAUGAGUUAAAUAUAAACCAGCGGUAGGAGAAAGACUGAAAAGUCAUUGGACUCGCGGCUCCAACUCGAGGGGCUAAACUGACGCAUAAUGUUUUCGUCGAAACCAGAAUAGAAAUGAGAGCGACAUAGCAACGUUGAGAGAUAUACUUAAACGGAUCUCAAUCUCAUGGCGAACAUACGAGAGUCACUCAGGCUAACCCAGGGCUAAAAUGUUAAGCGAAUUUUCAACGGUGUCUCCGAGUGCCCAUAAACAAUUGUGAAUGCAAUAACUGCAGGCGUCUUAAAUUAGAUCAUAAAUUUAUCCCAUUGAAAUAGACAAAGUUGUGUUGACUGUUAUCACAAGCAUAUCCAGAUGUCCAGGAACACGUGGUUUUUUUUCACCCUGAUCAUAUCGCCGAUCAUACAUUUGUCACAAGUUGCCUCGCAAUGCGGCGGGUUCGCUAUCAAACGAGACGACAAAUUAGUCCUCUACAGAAUUACCCUCAAUACGUAUUGGACGCGUAUCAGAUUUCCCAAGCAUUAUCCAGACCAGAGGGUCCCGCAAUUUGGAAAGCUCAUCGGUCGAACGCACGAUAGAACGUACUCGUUGUACCGUUUGGGGACUCGAUUGAACGCCGGAAUAACUCAGUACAUUGAGACGGGAGAAACUCGGGGGCUAGCCAGUGAAGGAAACAGUCCUAGUGUACUGGAUUCAUUCACAGGAUCGGCAAUAACUCGGGGUGAGGGUACUAGUACAACGAGGGCAUUCCUGGAUAGCAAUCAUACAGUUGUAAGUGCAGUGGCUCGAAUAAUCCCAAGUCCUGAUUGGUUCGUUGGAGUCGAUUCCUUUCAGUUGUGCAUCGAUGGAGAUUGGAUUGAUUCCGUCACCGUCGAGCUUGACCCACUGGAUGCUGGAACGAAUGAAGGUCUGACAUUCACAUCUUUGAUGCAAAGAACUUGGCCGCAGAGCCUCGCUUAUAGAAUAACUUCCAGAUAUCCCGGCCAUCCAGCAGCUAGCUUUAAUUAUCCUAAUCUACCGCGAUUGCCACCCAUUGCUACCCUUACAUUCACCAAGUUGAAGGAGUACACAUUGGCCAAGGUCUACCUCGAGGAAGAUGUUGAAAUGGAGUUCGUCAGCAUUGAUGGAGAUUCAUCGCGUUAUUUCCCUGUGAACGAACCCAAGGCUUCCAAGGGGUAUAGAUCACCCUCUUCUGGAGCAGAUGCAGCAGAUCAGAGAUACGGAUACUGGACAAAUAGCACUCAGAACGCAAUAGGGAAUAAUGAUGAAAAUGCCAAGACAGCGAUAAUUGAUGGGAUAGUGGCCUCUUACAAUUUUCUCCAUGAUAAGAGAAUCAAGGAGAAUGGUCUUGAGGGUCAAUCAAGAGGAGCAAAUGGAACUCCAAGAGAGAGUAGAAGACCUCAGGGUGGAUUUGUGGGCUCGGUUGAUCGAAAUUCCAGUAAAUUAGGAUGGCCAAGUGGAUUGUUCUACUCAAACCGCCGGGAUAACCAUCGAUUACAAAUAAAAAAUCGACGUUUUCACACUGAAAGAAAAAUGAAGAAACAACGGUCACCUAGAGACUGCAAAAUCAGUGAUUGGAGUGCUUGGAGUGCCUGUAGUCGGAGUUGCGGAGUGGGUGAGACCCAGAGGCUCCGAAAAAUCAUCGUCAAAGCGCGACGAGGGGGAAAACCCUGUCACUCCCUAAAGGAAACUAAAUGGUGUGGAAGCGCUGCCCCUUGUACCGAUAGUCAUAAGCAGAUCGAUCAUUUUUAUGCCAAUUGAUUUACUCUUGCCAGAUAAUAAUACCAACUACUCGUAAUUCAGUAGCAAAAUGCGAAAACUUUCGGUUUAAGGAGAAAACAAUAAAAUAUUUUUUUUUGCCGGAAAUGUAAUCAGUUGCAAGAAAGUUUUUUUUUUUUGUUUUUGUUUCAAAUCGACAGUUGACAAUGUAAUCGAUAACUAGCUAAAAGAUAAAGUGCAACAUGUCAAUUUGAGCCAUAACGAAAUUUGUUUCUGUAGUUCUAUGGGAUUGAAUAAUUUUUGAGACCAACUGAUAUUUAAUUUUGAAAAAACUGUAACACUACCGAGUAGUUGUCUCAACAUUGAGAAAAUCCAAGGGAAGAAUCACUGUAUCAAUCAAUUAAUUAGAGUAAAAUAUAAGAAUUCCAAUAUAAAA